CAUAAAGACAGAGAAUUUUGUAGUGCUUCAAAAUGGGGAUAGUUUCAAAGAAACCAAGACGAGCAGAUCGUUUACCCAAGGAAAAAAGACGACUUGAUCGCAAUAUCUCUGUUUCAGAAGAUGAAAGCAUCCCGGAAGUUGAAACGGAGGAGGAGCAGGAGCAGGAGCAGGAAGAACCAAAUAUUCUACUGGAUGCUGAAAUGAAGGAAUUUUCAGAUGACGAGAGUGACUCGGAAUAUGAAACUGCAGAGGACGAGGAGCAGGAGCAAGCGGAGGAGGAAGAGGAGCAGCAGCAGGAGAAAGGACAUGGGAGCCGACAGGAUGCUGAGAUGGAGGAACUUGAAAAAGAGUAUUCAAAUCUUCGUAACCAGCAGAUAGAUCUUUUGAAGAAUUUGAAGCGCCAUAAGGAUGAUGAUCUUCUGAAAGGUCAGGCAGUGAAGAAUCAGAAGGUUCUCUGGGACAAAGCGCUCGAGUUAAGGUUUCUGCUGCAGAAAGCAUUCUCAAGUUCAAAUAAACUGCCACAGGAGCCUCUUAGAUCUUUGUUCCUUGGGACAAACGAAGCAGUUGAUGAAGCAUAUUCAGAACUAAUAAUCUCAUCAAAGCAGACUUUGGAUUCUUUGCUGGAACUCCAGGAGGCUUUACUUGAGAAGAAUCUUUCCAUUGCUGAAGCUAAAAAUGGGAACAUCAAGGGGUCUUCUGAGGAUACUGAAGCAUCUAAGAAUUUGGGUGUGGAGAGUGAAGACGAAUGGUCACAGAUAUAUCAAAUGCAUUUGAGAAUAGCUCCAUUUAGGAACAAGUCAAUAGAUAAAUGGCAGAGAAAGACUCAAGUGACAACUGGUGCAGCUGCUUUUAAAGGAAAUUUAAAAGCUUUUAAUCAGAAUAUUAGCGAACAAGUUGCUGAUUAUAUGAGGAACCCUAGUAAAAUGCUCAAGAGCAUGCAAUUACAUAGGUCAACAGUGGGUGUCUUGGGAUCUGUCCCUGAGGCAGAACCCAAUUUUAAGGAAAAGGAUGUAACUGUGGAUGGAGACCCUGAGCUUUUGGAUGAUUCUGAAUUUUAUCAGCAACUCCUAAAGGAAUUCUUUGAGACAUUUGAUGCAAAAUCAUCUGAGACCGCCUUAUAUGCUUUGAAGAGACUGCAAACCAAGAAACGGAAGAUUGUAGACAGGCGUGCUUCAAAGAACCGUAAGAUCAGGUAUCAUGUUCAUGACAAGGUUGUCAACUUCAUGGCUCCUGAACCUAUGAACCAGCCUCCAAUGGCACCAAAGUUGUUUGAGAACUUGUUUGGCUUGAAAAACCAAUAGCGUGCUUCUGUGGCCUAGUCUACUUGUCUGGAGAGGAUGAUGUGAAGUUCAUCAUUUUAUGGGUGUUGUAAUUGUGUGAUAUUAUCUUAAUCGAUUUCAGAGCAUACUGGAGUUCCGGAGAAUGGCUGUCUAUUUUGCAGCAAAAGCUGGUGCAAUGGCUAAUUGAAAAUGCUUCUGCUAAGUACAGAGAUACCAUCUGCAG